UCUAAUUUCUCUUCAAAAGUUGAACCUUUGGACUAGAUUAAAUGCACCGUUGAAAUAUGCCGACGAACAGAGAUAGACAGACAGACAGACAGACAAAGAAGAUGGAAAAAAUAGAGCACAAGAUCAUACCAGUUAAUGGCCUGAAGAUGCACGUAGCCGAACUUGGUGAGGGCCCAUUAGUCCUUUUCCUUCAUGGCUUCCCCGAGCUUUGGUAUUCAUGGCGUCACCAAAUUCUGUACCUGGCAGCUCAAGGAUACAGGGCCGUGGCGCCAGACUUGAGGGGUUAUGGUGACACCACUGGUGCACCAGUUGAGGACCCAUCAAAAUUCACCACACUUCACAUAGCUGGUGACCUGAUUGCGCUCCUCGAUGCCAUUGCGCCCGAUGCAAAUAAGGUUUUUGUUGUUGGGCAUGACUGGGGUGCUUUCAUGGCCUGGCACUUGUGCUUGUACAGGCCUGACAAAGUGAAGGCUUUGGUGAAUUUGAGUGUUGCUUUUAUUCCAAGAAGUCCCGAAAUGAAUCCUGUCGACAAGUUUCGCAGUCUAUAUGGAGAUGACCACUAUAUUUGCAGAUUUCAGGAACCAGGGGACAUAGAAGCUGAGUUUGCGCAGAUUGGCACCAAAGAAGUUCUCAAGAACUUUUUAGCAUAUCGCACUCCUGGACCAUUUUAUUUUCCUAAAGGUAAAGGCUUCGGCAGUUCUGCUGAUAAGCCAAAUUGGUUAUCAGAAGAUGAUUUGGACUACUACGCCAAGAAGUUUGAGCAAACUGGAUUCUCAGGAGGAGUGAAUUACUACCGCGCUUUUGGCAGGAGCUGGGAACUGAAUGCCCCAUGGACCGGGGCUCAGGUGAAAGUGCCAGCGAAGUUCAUAGUUGGGGAAUUUGACCUGACCUAUCAUAUACAAGGGACCAAAGAAUUCAUACACAAAGGUGGGUUCCAGAAAUACGUGCCAUUGUUGCAGGAAGUUGUUGUGAUUGAAGGUGCAGCACACUUUAUCAAUCAAGAAAGACCAGAUGAGAUCAGUCAACACAUUUAUGAAUUUCUUAAGCAGUUCUAAACCCUCUUUUAUUUGGAAUGAGUUUCUUUAAGCUCACUUGCCUGCUUAUCUGCGCUAAUAAUUGUUAAAACUAGAGGUUUGUUUGUAAUAAACAUCAGCACCUCGUCAUUUUACUAUAAUAUCCAUAAGGGCGUUUUCAGUUUA